CUAGAUUCGAUAUGUCACUGCGGGCGAGUCAGAGUGGUUGGUAAAACAAGGCAGUCGGUCAUUGCGAUCUGGCAAAAAGCCGCAGAUACGGAUCGCAACCAAGCUACUUGGCGUUCGCCGCGAACCUGAAAACUUAAAGCGCUCUCUACGCUCUCGAAGACGCAGAGCGUCUCAGCCCGCGCGGAGACCCGCACUGACCGACAGCACUGCGGAAUCCUCGUGCAGCGAUUACAUCUUCAAUGCGAGAGAGAGGGAGAGGGAGAGAGAUAGAGAGAGAGAGAGAGAGAGAGAGAGAGAGAGAGAGAGACGAAUGGGAUGGGAGGUGUAGUGAGGCCGCCGGGUCUGAGAGUCCUCAGAACGGCGUAGUGGUUGAAUAGGGACUCGCUGAUCUUGAGCUUGGAUGGAGAUCUGCUAAUGUUUUUUUUCAUGCGCUGGAUUCGCCUGCAUAUUUGUAAACUUCGGCGUUGCAGACGGGAUUAAAAUACAAACGUGACGGAGAGGAAGAGCUGAAAAACCCACGGGAUUGGUUUAAAGCGCAUUCUUUUUCAUGCGUCUGGCGAUAGUAAAUUUGGAGUAUCAAGGAAUUGGAAUUCCUGUGAACAAGCUCAUCAUCUGCAGUGUCGAUGCGGCUGCGGCUGUGAAGUGCAAAAAGAGACGAUUACAGGCACACAAUGCCCUCCAGUAAAAGAAGAGAUUAAUCUUUGAUUGGCCGAAAGUACUGGAUUGAGCUGUUCUUCCAUCCUGGGGAGGAGUUAGUCCCCUGAGUCGUCCAGAGACAUGGUGUCCUUCACGUGGAGACGGACCUGUUUGGCCCUUCAUUGUCUCUUCCAUGUCCUGGCCCUUCCGUCGUCCGCGUCACGGCAACAACAGCAGGCCGCGGCGCCGAACGCCGUCGACGCGGAGUACAGCACGUUCUACGUGGAGAACCCCGAGUGGACCCUCAACCACCUGGCGGUGGACUCCCGUAACGGGAACGUGUACCUGGGGGCGGUGAACCGGAUCUACAAGCUCUCCUCGGCCCUGGAGCUCCAGGUGGCCCACCAGACCGGGCCGGACGAGGACAACCGCAAGUGCUACCCGCCGCGCAUCGUGCAGCCGUGCAGCGAGCCGCUGGCCCUCACCAACAACGUCAACAAGAUGCUGCUGGUGGACUACCGGGAGAACCGGCUGCUGGCCUGCGGGAGCCUGUUCCAGGGCAUCUGCAAGCUCCUGCGGCUGGACGACCUGUUCAAGCUGGGCGAGCCGUCGCACCGCAAGGAGCACUACCUCUCCGGCGUCAACGAGAGCGGCUCCGUCAUCGGGGUCAUCGUGUCGUACGGCGACGCCUCGGCCACCGACAAGCUCUUCGUGGCCACCGCCGUGGACGGCAAGCCGGAGUACUUCCCCACCAUCUCCAGCCGCAAGCUGGCCCGCAACUCCGAGGAGGAGGGCAUGUUCGCCUACGUGUUCCACGACGAGUUCGUGGCCUCCAUGAUCAAGAUCCCGUCGGACACCUUCACCGUGGUGCCGGACUUCGACAUCUACUACGUGUACGGCUUCGGGAGCGGCAGCUUCGUCUACUUCCUGACGCUGCAGCCGGAGAUGGGCGGCCCCGCAACGGGCUCGUCGGCCGCCCGCGAGCAGGUCUACACCUCCAAGCUGGUGCGCCUGUGCAAGGACGACACGGCCUUCAACUCCUACGUGGAGGUGCCGCUGGGCUGCGUCAAGGGCGGGGUGGAGUACCGCCUCCUCCAGGCCGCCUACCUGUCCAAGGCCGGGGCCAUCCUGGCCCGCUCGCUGGGCGUGGGCCCGGACGACGACGUCCUCUACGCCGUCUUUUCCAAGGGCCAGAAGCGGCGCCCCCGCGAGGCCUCGCAGGAGUCGGCGCUCUGCGUGUUCCCGCUCAGGGAGAUAAACGAGCGGAUCAAGGACCGCCUGCAGUCCUGCUACAAGGGGGAGGGGACGCUCGACCUGGCCUGGCUCAAAGUCAAGGACAUCCCCUGCAGCAGCGCGCUCUUGACGAUCGAUGAUAACUUCUGCGGUUUGGACAUGAACGCGCCCCUCGGCGUCUCUGAGAUGGUGCGUGGCGUGCCCCUCUUCUCCGAGGAGUCGGACAAGAUGACCUCGGUCAUCGCCUACGUCUACAAGAACCACUCGCUGGCCUUCGUCGGCACCAAGAGCGGGCGGCUCAAGAAGAUCCGAGUGGACGGCCCUUCCCACGGUGCCUUGCAGUACGAGACGGUCCAGGUGGUGGAGAGCGGGCCGGUUCUGCGAGACAUGGCCUUCUCCGCUGACCACAACUUCCUCUACGUCAUGUCCGAGACGCAGCUCACUCGGGUUCCCGUGGAGGCCUGUGGUCAGUACUCCACCUGCAGCGAGUGCCUGGGCUCCGGGGAUCCGCACUGUGGCUGGUGUGUGCUCCACAACACGUGCACCCGGAAGGAGAAGUGCGAGCGCUCCUCCGAACCCAGAAGGUUCGCCUCGGAUAUCAAACAGUGUGUCCGUCUCAGCGUCCACCCCAACAACAUCUCUGUGUCUCAGUAUAGUGUCAUGCUGGUCCUGGAAGCCCACAACGUUCCGGAGCUUUCCGCGGGCGUGAACUGCACCUUCGAGGACCUGGCCGAGAUGGACGGGCUGGUGGAGGGGAACCAGAUCAGGUGCACCUCACCUGCCGAAAAGGAGGUCCCUCGGAUCAUCUUCGACAAAGGUGGGGAGGGAGACCAUCAGAUCGUUCAGCUGUAUCUGAAAUCCAAGGAGACAGGCCUGGCCUUCGCCAACACCAGCUUCGUCUUCUACAACUGCAGCGUGCACAAGUCGUGUCUGUCCUGUGUGAGCAGUCCCUAUCAGUGUCACUGGUGUAAGUACAGGCACGUCUGCACCCACGACCCCCGAACCUGUUCAUUCCAGGAGGGCUGGGUCAAGCAGCCUGAGGAGUGUCCCCAGCUGCUCCCCGCUGAUCGGAUCCUUGUCCCCGUGAACGUUGUGAAGCCCAUCACCCUGCGGGCCAAGAACCUGCCCCAGCCGCAGUCGGGCCAGCGCGGCUACGAGUGCGUCCUCACCAUCCAGGGCCAGGAGCAGAGGGUCCCCGCCCUCAGGUUCAACAGCUCCAGCGUGCAGUGCCAGAACACCUCAUAUUCCUAUGAAGGGAUGGACACAGGCAGCCUCCCGGUGGACCUGAUGGUUAUCUGGAACGGCGACUUUAGCAUUGACAACCCGGCCGACAACAAAGUCCACCUGUACAAGUGCGACGCCCGGCGGGAGAGCUGCGGCCUGUGCCUGAAGGCCAACCCCCAGUUCGGCUGCGUGUGGUGCAAGGGCGAGAACCGCUGCACCCUCAAGCAGCACUGCCUCCACCCCGAGAACCAGUGGCUGGAGCACGCCGGGCCCAACAGCAAGUGCACGCACCCCAAAAUCACACAGAUCACGCCGCUUCGUGGACCUCGGGAGGGCGGGACCUUGGUGACCAUCCGGGGCGAGAACCUGGGCUUGGAGUUUUGGGAGAUCCAGGGUCGCGUGAAGGUCGCCGAUGUGGACUGCACACCCGUGCCAGGGGGCUACAUCCCUGCUGAGCAGAUUGUGUGUGAGAUGGGCAAGGCUGAGAGGAGCCAAUAUGCGGGCAACGUGCAGGUGUGUGUGGGGGAGUGCAGGCCGGAGUUCAUGGCCACCUCAUACAAGUACUACUAUUUCGUGGUCCCCAAACUGCUUCACCUGAAGCCCAGUCGGGGGCCCGUUUCUGGGGGGACCAUCGUCAACAUCACCGGUAGCAACCUGGACGCCGGCAGCAACGUGUCCAUAAUGUUUAAGGAUCAGAACUGCACCUACCACAGGAGGGGGGGGCAGUGGAUCACCUGCCGGUCCCACGCCUCCUUGCACGGCUACGGAAACGUGAGCGUGUCGGUCCGAGUGGACAAGGCCCACCUGCAGAAGGACCUGCGCUUCGAGUACGUGGAGGACCCCGCCAUCCUCAAGCUCGAGCCCGAGUGGAGCAUCUUCAGUGGCCACACCCCGGUGACAGUGACAGGCACCAACCUGGACAUCAUUCAGAACCCACAGAUCAGAGCCAAGUACAACGGACGGGAGGCAGUCAAUAAAUGCCGGGUCCUCAGCCCCACCGCCAUGCUGUGCCAGGCCCCCGCCCUGCCCGUCAGCCUGAGCAGGCAGAAGGAGGUGCCGGAGCGCCCCGACGAGUUCGGCUUCGUCCUGGACGACGUCCAGUCCGUGCUGGCCCUCAACACCACCAACUUCGUGUAUUACCCCAACCCCGUUUUCGAACAGCUGAGUGUGUCUGGAGUUCUGGAGCUGAAGCCAGGCUCACCAAUAAUACUGAAGGGCAGGAACUUCCUCCCUCCUACCCCCGGGGGCAACGGCAAGCUGAACUUCAGCGUCCUGAUUGGAGAGAAGCCCUGCACGCUAACAGUCUCCGACACACAGCUCCUGUGUGAGUCGCCCAACCUCACGGGGCGACACAAGGUCCUGGCGCGCGUGGGCGGGAUCGAGUUCUCCCCGGGCGUGGUCCACAUCACCUCGGACAGCCCGCUCAGCAGCACGGCCAUCGUGAGCAUCGCCGGCGCGGGCGGCCUCCUCAUCCUCUUCAUCGUGGUGGUCCUCAUCGCCUACAAGCGCAAGUCCCGCCAGAGCGACCUCACCCUCAAGCGGCUGCAGAUGCAGAUGGACAACCUGGAGUCGCGGGUGGCGCUGGAGUGCAAAGAGGCCUUCGCCGAGCUGCAGACGGACAUCCACGAGCUGACCAGCGACCUGGACGGGGCGGGGAUCCCCUUCCUGGACUACAGGGCGUACACCAUGCGGGUGCUCUUCCCCGGCAUCGAGGAGCACCCCGUCCUGAGGGACCUGGAGGUUCCGGGCUACAGGCAGGAGCAGGUGGAGAAGGGCCUGAAGCUCUUCGGCCAGCUCAUCAACAACAAGGUGUUCCUGCUGUCCUUCAUCCGCACGCUGGAGUCGCAGCGCGGCUUCUCCAUGCGCGACCGCGGCAACGUGGCCUCGCUCAUCAUGACCGUGCUGCAGAGCAAGCUGGAGUACGCCACCGACGUGCUCAAGCAGCUGCUCUCCGACCUCAUCGACAAGAACCUGGAGAGCAAGAACCACCCCAAGCUGCUGCUCCGCAGGACUGAAUCUGUGGCCGAGAAAAUGCUCACAAACUGGUUCACCUUUUUGCUUUACAAGUUCUUGAAGGAGUGCGCCGGUGAGCCCCUGUUCUCCCUCUUCUGCGCCAUCAAGCAGCAGAUGGAGAAGGGCCCCAUCGACUCCAUCACCGGCGAGGCUCGCUACUCGCUCAGCGAGGACAAGCUCAUCCGGCAGCAGAUCGACUACAAGACGAUGGUUGUAAACUGCAUUCACCCGGACAACGAGAAGAGCCCGGAGAUCCAGGUCAAAGUUCUGAACUGUGACACCAUCAGUCAAGUCAAGGAGAAGAUUCUGGAUGCCGUCUACAAGAACGUGCCCUACUCCCACAGGCAGAAGGCCUCGGACAUGGACCUCGAGUGGCGUCAGGGCAGAGGGUUGCGAGUCAUCCUCAUAGACGAAGAUGUCACCACAAAGAUCGAGAGCGACUGGAAGAGACUCAACAUGCUGAGUCACUACCAGGUGCCCGAUAACUCUGUGGUGGCCCUGGUCCCUAAGCAGGUCAUGGCCUACAACUCUGUGAACAACUCCACUGUCUCCAGAACGUCUGCCAGCAAAUACGAGAACAUGAUCAAGUACACGGGCAGCCCGGACAGCCUGCGCUCUCGCACGCCCAUGAUCACGCCCGACCUGGAGAGCGGGGUCAAGGUGUGGCACCUGGUCAAGAACCACGAGCACGGCGACCAGAAGGAGGGCGACCGUGGCAGCAAGAUGGUGUCCGAGAUCUACCUGACCCGGCUGCUGGCCACCAAGGGCACGCUGCAGAAGUUCGUGGACGACCUGUUCGAGACCAUCUUCAGCACGGCCCACCGCGGGAGCGCCCUGCCCCUCGCCAUCAAGUACAUGUUCGACUUCCUGGACGAGCAGGCGGACAAGCACAGCAUCCACGACCCGCACGUUCGCCACACGUGGAAGAGCAACUGCCUACCUCUGAGGUUCUGGGUGAACGUGAUCAAGAACCCGCAGUUCGUCUUCGACAUCCACAAGAGCAGCAUCACGGACGCCUGCCUGUCGGUGGUGGCCCAGACCUUCAUGGACUCCUGCUCCACCUCCGAGCACCGGCUGGGCAAGGACUCCCCCUCCAACAAGCUGCUGUACGCCAAGGACAUCCCCAGCUACAAGAGCUGGGUGGAGAGAUACUACUCGGACAUCAGCAGAAUGCCAGCCAUUAGCGACCAGGACAUGAACGCUUACCUGGCGGAGCAGUCUCGCAUGCACAUGCACGAGUUCAACAGCAUGAGCUCCCUCAGCGAGAUCUACUCCUACGUGGGCAAGUACAGCGAGGAGAUUGUGAACGCGCUGGAGCAAGACGACGUCGCCAGGAAACAGAGACUGGCCUUCAAGCUGGAGCAGGUGGUCUCCUUCAUGAGCCUUGAGAGCUGAGAACCGCGUUUCCCAGAGUGCACUGGGAGAUAUCAGAAACCGAGCCGUGCCUGAGCGAAGACCUGUCCUUCAUCUAUCUCAACAUCUACGUUUCAAAAAAAAAAAAAGUUCUCUUUUUCUUCCAGCUGCAAGUGUUGAAAUCACAUUAGGUGUGCUGUGCUGACAAGUGGGAGUGGUAAAUGGGAGGGAAGAAGGGUGCAGCUCACCACAUUGGUGACUGCCAGUGCUCUGGGGGGACGAAAACAAAAAAAAAAAAAAAAUGCUUUUCAUUAUGCUGCCUUGAAAACACCACUGAUAACAAAGUCUCUGACACAACAAAGGGUUGAUGUCCGUCUGUUUGUUUCCAACUUUUUCAGCGGGAUAGAAGUCAACCUACUUUACGGUCAAACAUUUAACAUGACAUAACAAGAGCAGAAGAGGUGGAUACACACACGCAUACACACACACACACACACGCACACACAUACACACACACACACACACACUCAAACACACACGCACACACACGCACAAAGACUAGACAAAACCAACACAGUAACCAAGGAAGUGUGGCGUUGAGCUGCACUUAACUGCUAAGUUAUUCAAAUAAUGCACCUCAAAGCAAGGGUGAGCAUUGAUGAAUGUUUCCACCUAUGUUUCAGUCAUGUUGAUAAUAUUAAAUGUAUUUGAAAGACUUGUUGGGUGUUUGGGGAGGGGGAGGGGGGAACUUUAGUGCUUCUUAACCUUUUUUGAACCAGUAUCUUGAUUGCACAGCAUAGAAUAACUCUUUAGUGGCAUCCUCCUUAUCAAUAUACUCCAGGAAAAAAAAAAAAAAGCUACUUGGCUCAUGUUUU